UUGGCAGUAUAUAAAGCUGAGCUGAUCGUUCAUCAGUCUCACUCUCUAGUCAUGAGCUGUGGUGAUGAUGUGGUUCCUCCUUCUCCUCUACAUAGCUCACAUUGAGCCGGUGGACUUACAAGGUACUAACAGGCUGGUGUUAAGAAGCGGAGGCAACCCGUGUGAAGGCUACCCUGAGAUCUACCAUAACAACGAAUGGGGCUAUGUUGGAGAUACAUACUGGGACAAAAGCAUUGGAGAGGUGGUGUGCAGCAGCACCCAGUGUGGGAAGCUCGUGUCAACAAAGGAUGUCUUAACGCGCCAGAGUAAAAGAUUCUGGAUUGAUGAAAUUAAUUGUACAGGAAUCUCGGGUCCACUGUGGAAGUGUGAACAUCCCGGUUUUGGUGCCACCGUUUACCAACAGGACAAAACAAAAUGGAUUAAGUGUUCAGAUAAUAUCGAGAUACGCCUGGAAGGAUAUAAGUGUGCCGGCGCAGUCAGCUACACUGGGACAAAAGAUGGCUACUUUUGUGGGGACACAUGGGGAAAAGAUGAAGCCGAUGUCUUGUGCAAAAGGCUCGGCUGUGGCACAUCCAAGGAGAUUCCUACACGGUACUGGAAGAUUCCAGCAAAAUUUAAAGAGUCAAAGAAGAUGGUGGUCAACUGUUCAGGCAUUACAGGUCUAGACAAUCUGUGGCAGUGUGCACAACAUGAACAUGAGAAAUGCUCAAACCCCGCUGUUGUCAUGUGUGAAGCUCAUGAGCACCUGCGAAUCAAAGGAAACCAAUCAAAUGUCUGUCAAGGGGAGCUGCAAAUUCUGAAAAAUGGUAUAUGGACGAAACAUACACCAGUCAACAUUAUUGAGGAUGUUUGGUGUGAUCAAAUGAGCUGUGGGGGACACAUCAAUUACAAGGCUGACAGUGGCGAAUUGAAAUGCUCAGACAAAAUUUCAGUCACUCUGAUGAGCAAUUCCACCAAGUGCUAUGGGGAAGUUCAUAUUAAUAAGAAUGGUAGUUAUUAUCCUGUGUGUGGCACCGACUGGAGCAAAAAAGAUGCUGAUGUGGUUUGCGAGGAGCUACAGUGUGGCAAGGUUAUUAGUACAGAGAAACGACAGGGAAGGGGCAACAACCCAACAUCGAUAAUGGACAAUGUGGAGUGCUCUGGCAAUGAGUCCUCACUGUGGCACUGUAAAGCGAAGCGAGACAACAUACAGUGUUCUGCCAAGGCCUUCGUAGUAUGUGCAGGCAGUAUUGAAGUGAGGUUGGAAGAUGGUCCUGGAAAAUGUGCUGGGAGGGUGGAGAUCGAAUACGGUGGCCAGUGGCAUAGAGUCACUGAUGAUGGAUGGACAUCUAGCAAUUCAGAUUCUGUCUGCCGACAUCUGGAUUGUGGGGCACAUCGAUCUACCAGUGCUGAAAAACAAAGCCAGAAUUUAGAUAAAUUCCUGGGUAAAGCUGUACAGUGCCCAUCAAGCAACUCAAAAAUAUCUGAUUGCGUUGGGGAAACCUCAGCUCGCCCCGGCAAGGCAGUGACAGUAACCUGUGAAGAGCAUAAAAUGGUAUUUCUGGAUAAACAGUGUAAUGGUGAGGUGGGGAUAGAGAAAGGCGAAAACACCUUCUGGCUGUCUGGGCAUAAUAAGACGUGGACCAAAGAGGCUGCAGAUGCAGUGUGUCGGCAGAUGCACUGUGGGGAAUAUGCCUCACAUGACUCCAACCCUAGAGGUGGUAGGAGUGAAGGAGUUUGGCCUAAAUCUUACAACUGCUCAUCCAACGCCACGUCUCUGUUUGAGUGUGACGAAGAAGCACACACUGGACACAUCCAACAUGACACGAUAGCCACUGUGAAAUGCAAAGGAAGCAUCACAGUGAACCUGACCAAGGCUUGUUGGGGAAACGUCAACAUUUGUGUGGGAGAGAAGUGUGGAGGUGUGUGUAGUGACACCUGGACUACAGAGAAGUCUCAAAUGCUGUGUGAAAAUUUGAACUGUGGGAGUAAAGUCCUUGAUGGCUUCAACCCACCCACCAAUGAUAAUGUGGUGACUGUCAAGAGUGUGCACACUGCAAAGAAAAUCCUCAACCUGAAUCAAAGUAACCUCGUCAUGUAUGACAAAAAAGACAGCACCUGUAAGCCCGCCUAUGUUGUCUGCUCAGGUAGUGUUAAGGCCAAAAUUAAUACUACCAUAUCCAAAUGCUCUGGAAAUUUGGAACUGGAGUAUGAGGGCAGAUGGCUCCCUGUGUGCAUGGCUGCUCUUAAUGACAGCCAAACACAAAACAUCCUCUGUGAGCAGCAGCAAUGUGGUCGAUCCGUCAAGGUGCUCGACUUGGGAGUGAAAGAAGGGGCUCUUGCCAUUCAACAAAUAAAUUGCCACGGCAAGAAGUCAUUGGAAGAGUGUGAGAUCACUGCCAGGGAGACACCCUGCAAUCUUGGUGGCCUCCGAUGCUCCAGCUGGGGAAAGAUAGAGGUGAAAUUCAACACUUCCUGCAGUGGAUAUGUGUAUGUGUACUCGGAGACGGGAAAAGAAGCCGUCUCCUUUGAAGGCUGGAACGUGACCGAGGGCCAAACGCUUUGCAGGGAUCUGCAAUGUGGCAACUUCAUAUCAGGGCAAGGAAAAAAUACAACGGAAACAUUCUGGAAUAGAACCUUCAGCUGUGGAUUAAAGAAUCCAGAGAACAUCUGGGACUGUGAAAAAGAAAGGAAAAAAGAAAAAGAACAGCAACAGCAGCUCUAUAUUGAAUGUAAAGGUGAGCCAAGUGUCAGCCUUUCACACGGCUGCAGUGGUGAGGUGAAGAUAGAUAACGUUAGUGUGUGCAGUGACACGGCAUGGAAAAUGGAGUAUUCACACUUGGUCUGCAAGGAGCUGAAAUGUAGCAAUGCCUAUUCCUUCGAUAUUAAACAAAUCACUGGCACUGGCAAAGAUAUGCAGUACCAGCAUGUCACAUGUGAGGACUACCAUAGCAAACUUGGUCAGUGCAGCAGAGUCAAGAAAAAGUGUAAUGGAGGACUGGUCAUGGUCAACUGUGUUAAUAGUAUCAAGUUCAGAUUUUCUGAUAAACCUUGCGGAGGUGUGAUUGAAGUCGAAACUCCGAAGACACGGGAAAAAGUGUGUCUCAUGGAAGUUCCCAAUAAUUUAAAGAACAAGCUGUGUCAAAGUAAAAAUUGUGGUGAUCACAACAGUACCUUCAAACUGUCUACUUCCAAAGAGGAGACCUUGAACUUGAUGCUGAAGUGCAACGAAGAUUACAACAGCCUCCAUCACUGUGUCAAGAACAGCAACAGCAAAUGCUCACCAGCUGAGAUCUACUGUACCAAGUAUGAGCCGAUCGCAGCCCCACGAGCUGAAAAGCCGAUCUCUGUGGUGUCUAUCAUCCUGGGAGUGGGAUUAACUCUGAUUGUAGUGAUACUGAUUGUUGUGUUUGUACGAGUCUGCAUUGUCAGGAGAGCCAAGAGGUCCAUGUAUGCCGCAUCAAGAACAUUUGAAAGAGAAGAAGUCGAGUUUGAAAGCGGUGACUACGAGGAUGUCACAGGCAAAGCAAGUGAAAUGAAGGCCUUAAGUCAAGGCAAGUUCGGACCAAAUUCUGACAUCAUCAUGGAGAGCGACGGCAGGAGCAAUACAUCUCUUCCUUAUGAUGAUAUCGAUGAGGCGGUUGAGGCUCAAACCUCUCCGGCUGCCACUGCUGCUGCCUCAGGGGACAAAUUCUUCCAUGAGGCUGCCGUCGAUCAAAGCACAGAUGGCGUGACCUAUGAGGUGGACGACCCGCAGGAGAGUUACGAUGACAUUGAAGCCAGCCCUGAAAUCUCUCAGAUUAAAGCUGAAGUCCACAGCAGCCCCCAAACCACACCUGAAAGUGCUGGAGUGGCACCUUCGGGAUUGAGGGACGAGGACUACUUGGUGCCGGGCCAAGAUGGGCCUUACUGAGGGAUCAUGAUGGAGGAUUUAGCCUGCUGCGUGGCUGAAACUAGAUAAAUUCAGCAGAUAGUGACCUGUAAGUGAAAGAGGUAAUGUUUUCAUUGAGUCUCAGGUGCCAUUUCUCCACAGCAGGACCCUGUGGGGCAGAGGAGGACCAGGGGGGAACUCGAAGGGCUGAAGCAUUGUGUUCCUGUCCUUUUACCCUCUUUCCACCCAGCAUUAAAGGGCCAUACUGAUGUUUUGGUGUUGUUACGACAACUUACCUCAAAUCUAGAACGCUUGUAAACUCUUGGUCUUGUUAGACUUUUGAGAGUGAUAUGCCCAAACUUUGAAAAUCCAGUUGGCUGACAUAGUCCAUCGCUGUUUCAAUACUUUGCUAUUGUUACACUGUAAUGCAAUUAAAAAUGCCGUCAGAGAUUCACCAGGAAAUGAUUUCUGACCGUGAGUUUACUGAAUCAGUUCAGCCAACUAUUAGAAAGUGUAACUGGGCUCCUGACCAGUUUUAGCUACCUCAGAAAACACAUUUUAGUUUUGGAUUAAAUUUAAAGCGAAAACUUUAAUAUCUAUGUAAAACUUGUUUAAAGAAUAAGUUCACCCAAAAAUCUAAAUUCAGUCAUAUUCACCCUCAUGCCGAUUGAAAGUCAGGUGAAGUUCCAGGAGCGUCAAUGCAGAAUAGCGUUGCAGCAUUCUCCUAAACUGAAGUCCACUAUAAUCCAAGUCUCUGGGAGCACUGAGAUCCCAAAUCAAUUGAUAAAUAUGUUAUUUACACUCUGUUUUAAACUGAAGCUGAUCUUUAUUAAAGCUGCUAAGCUAGAAGUGUUAGGAACACUUGUAAAAACAUCUUUCAUCAUACAGCUCGUCUUUACACCAUCUUUUUAUAUAUAUACAUUUUAAGCCCCCCUGCUUCAGUUGUGCAGGAGAAUGCUAUAAUGCCGUUAAGGUGUGAAGCUCCAGAAAUGUUCUGAGGAAUCUGAAACCUACUCCGACUUUCUAUCAGGAUCGGGGUGAGUAGAUAAUGACUGACUUUGAACUUGCUGUUUUAAAGUGAAAGGACAAAAAUUGAGUUUAACAUUUUCACAGGGUUUUGUGCAAAGUGGCAGAUUAAACAGUGAAAGCAAGGUUCAUGGGGAACCGAUCUGGUAUAAUUAUUACAAAGCCUUUGCAGUGUACAAUCAACAUUUACUUUAUAAUUAUAAGUUACAUUUUUAUAGAUUACUGCAGCUGAGAUGGUCAUAUAUUUCAUCAACGAUAAUAGCUGGGAUAUUUGUAGAUGGCAACAGAGAAGGUGAGGCUACUCUGUUCUUUUAAUGCCAAAACAUCACAUCAGUGUUCACCUGUCAAAUGCACAUUAUAAUAUCUUAAAGCAACACAGAACAUCCUGUCUUGAAAUGAGCUGAUUCUCGACAAGCUCUGACUCCUCCUCACGACCUCAUAUUUCAUCAAUGAGUAGACACUGACUGAAAUUUAAUGAUGUGAAUUGUAAAAUAUAAAGUCAAUUGAAUACGAACAAAUCAGAGACCUUUGCACUGUCGAAUGUUACCCCACAGCCCUGUCAACAGGGUUCAACUCUUUACAGAACUUUCCUUCCGUAGACCAGCAUCUGUGUCCCAUUUGUUACCAAUAUUCAAGAGUGAACUGUUAUUUUUAUGUGGCAUACACAAGUUGUUGCAAAUGAAUGUAAAUUAGCGUAGCCAAGUAUUUUUGGUGCCUAAACCUAAUCAAACCACGACUGCUGGACAACGUUACAUCAGUCUGAAAGUCAUAGUAUGUCAUAUUACAUGAAAUGUUUAUCAGCAAGUUUUAUUUUGGACUGUGUGAUGUAUAAUACAUUUUAAUGCUAAUUUGACAGUGGGGCUUCACAUGCAAAAUUA